CUCCGCCCCCUUACCCUCCCUCCCCCCUUCCUAAAGUUGCUCUAGUGAGCCAGGCCUGGAUUCUGGGCGAGAAAAAUGGAGGAGCUGCUGAAGCGAGAGCUGCCGACCUCCACGGCCACGGCCACGGGCCACUCGGCGGGCGGGUGCAUUAGCCAGGGCCAGAGUUACGACACCGACAGAGGCCGAGUAUUUGUGAAAGUGAACCACAAGUCAGAGGCCAAAAAAAUGUUUGAAGGUGAAAUGGCAAGUUUAUUUGCUAUCCUGCAAACUAACACGGUGAAAGUACCCAAACCCAUGAAAGUAAUAGAUAUGCCAGGAGGUGGGAAUCUACUAGUGAUGGAGCAUUUGGACAUGAGAUAUUUAAACAGUCAUGCGGCAAAGCUUGGAUCACAAUUAGCAGAUCUACAUCUUCAUAAUAAGAAGCUUGGUGAGACUCUCAGGAAGGAGGAGAAAACUGUUGGGAAAGGAGGAGGGCAGGCAGAACUUCAAUUUGUGGACCAAUUUGGGUUUGAUGUGGUAACCUGCUGUGGAUACCUCCCUCAGGUGAAUGAUUGGCAGAAUGACUGGGUAACAUUUUACGCCAGGCAACGAAUUCAACCCCAGAUAGACAUGGUGGAGAAAGAAUCUGGGGAUAGAGAAGCAAGAGAACUUUGGUCUCAGCUGCAGUUGAAGAUACCUGGCAUGUUCCAAGGCCUGGAAAUUAUACCUGCCCUACUCCAUGGAGAUCUCUGGGGAGGAAAUGUCGCAGAGGAUGUGUCUGGACCAAUUAUUUUUGAUCCAGCUUCCUUUUAUGGUCACUCAGAGUUUGAGCUUGCCAUAGCUGGAAUGUUCGGGGGCUUUGGCAGCUCUUUUUACUCAGCUUAUCAUAACAAAAUUGCUAAAGCUCCAGGGUUUGAGAAGCGACUUAAGCUCUAUCAGCUCUUUCACUAUUUGAAUCAUUGGAAUCAUUUUGGAUCAGGGUAUAGAGGAUCUUCUCUGAAUGUAAUGAGGAACCUCAUAAAAUAAGUGCUCUCUCUGUUGGUGUUCUGGCCUCAGCCCACUUUGUUAAUUCUAACAGUAUUAUUUCUCUAAGGAGGUAUGUAACAUUAGAGUCAAACAUCUAGAGUCUAGGAUUUCUUUUGUUCCUGUCCUCUCUUCCCCUAAACAUCGCCAUUUCCCCAAAGGAAUAGGGUUUUUGUUUUUAACUUUUUCCUGUAAUUAGAGUAGCUUAAUAUUGAGCUUCUUGAUCUAAAACCCAUAAACACAUAUAGUAGCUUAUUUACAAGCCAUGAAAAAUACCUCACAGCUUAGAGAAAGAUUUAAAGUUGAAUAUGUUGCUAUAUGCUAGAUAAAGGAAGCUAGAUUAAGCUAUGCUACAGGAUAAAGAAACUGUGAAGUAAUAGAUGGCAGCAUUUAGCCAUCAUGUUACCAAGAUAGAAAAGGAAAGGAUAGUAAUCAAGCUUAUUUGAAGUGUGAAUAAGAACGUUUGAUGAUAAAUAAAUUCCCUGAUUUCUUCUUGAUUACUUAAACAUUCAUUUCAAUUUUUGUAGUUCUUAGGUGAAUCCUUUUAGUGUGAAGCAGAUUUUCCUAACCAUGGCCAGUUAUUGCAAAUCAUAAGAAGUGGUCACUUCUGCUUUUUGAUUGGUAUGGCUUAAAUCUGGAAAUGAAAGCCAUUAAUUAGAAGCUUCACAAUAUUCAGAAUUCCUCAAUCUAAUAAAAAGGAUUGUAGCAGCCUCUUGCAUUUUCUAAUAGUGUUCUUCUUUCCCUCCCCCCACCCCCACCUCCCACCCAGAAGGGUCUAGAAUCUCUUUACUGAUCCAAGAACGAUUUUUCAAAUACAAGAGAUCAAGUGUUUCCAUUUUGAUGGCAGUAAUGUAGGUUCAUGAAUUGAGGAGCAUAAAAAGUUUCAGAGAUACAACUAUUUCUCAGGCCACCUAUAGAUCUGUUAUUUCAGAGUACUUUUGAAGGAAUAUGUUAAUUUGCAUUCCAUUGCCCUAAGAUUUGCCAAUCAGAAAUGUUAUCAUAAUGGAAUUGCUGAGUUGGGUCUAGAUUUUACCAUGCAAAGGGGACUUCCAGAUUACUUAGACACAUUUCUUUUUUUUUUUCUGUUGCUUCCUUUGCUAUGUGGACUGUUGUAUAGAAUGACAUGAGCUUUAAAAUGCUUUAAAGUAGAGUAAUUUAUUUGCUUUUUUAUUCAUCUUGUCCUCUCAUUUUCCUAAGCCUGGUCAGUUACCUUAUUUUCAUAAAGAGUUUUGAACCAAAUUGUAAACUUACUUCCUUUGCUUAGUAUUUUAGUAAUGUGGUAAAUUUAAAGAAUACUAUUGAUACUUAUCCCCCUUUUGCCAUAAGAAUUUGAAUGAUCUUUCAGCUGUUUCAGUGAGUGAUAUCUGGUGAUGUAUUUACUUUUGCUGUUUGUCAAUGAUUUGGCUAAAUAACAACUGUACCAUUCUUGUUCAGCAAUAAAAUAAAUAAAGCUUAUUUCUUAAAAGAUG